ACUCGGUAACUAUUCAUGCCGUUUCUUUUCUCCGACCAAUGAUCCGUUCGCCGCUUACGAUGACACGACACGAACCCUAGCAGUCUCCUAGUCACGUAGCCGCCGAUUUGACCCCGCCGACGCCAUGGGAAAGCGGGACACGCGGUACGCGUACAUGAACCCCAUCGCGAUGGCGCGGUCUAGGGCGCCUUCGACGUCCAGCGGACCUACGAUCAAGGACUACCUGAGCCGCAACAGGCCGACCUGGGAAGAGGUGAAGCGUAUCAUCGAAAAAAAGAAGCAAGGUUCCAGCACGCUGGCGGCCUGGGAAGACCACAUGAACCAAAAGUUCCAGGAAGAGCUAAGGAAAAAUCGCGAGCGCCUCAUGGCCCAGAGAACGGCGUCCACAUCAACGUCGAAGGGGAAGAAGAAGCGACGCAGGUCGUCGUCGCCCUCUUCGUCGUCGUCGUCUAGCAGUUCGUCGGAGGACGAGGAGAGUUUGGAGCAUCGGAAACGUAAGAAGCGGAAGGUCAGCGACGCUGACACGGCUGCGACCAAAAACCUGGAUCCGAAGGCGCCUUCGACGAAGUCUUCCUCGACCAAGUCUAAGAAGAAGAAAAAGAAGAAGAGCAAAAAGAAGCACAAGAAGCGAAAGGAGAAGUCCCCGGAUUGAUGUUCCCCGCCUUGUGCCAAACACAUUUCCCCCCAGUGCUACUUUGUUUCGAUAAGCGUUGGACCCAUUUGCGAUUGUGCGCACACUCCUUCCCAAGUGCUCUUGUUGUUUGCUCGAAUUUGAAUGGACCUUCGACGAAACGGACGCUAGUCCUCGGACUUUGUCGUCAGAAAUGCAUGCUUGCCGACCACCACGACCUAACAAGAUCGGAGCUCACGGACACGCGGAACAAAGACGGUGAACUUUGGAGAUGUUGAUCGGUUUGAUGGCACGAAGAUUGCGGACGUCUGGAGGAUGUUUGGUAGCUUGAUGUUCUUUGUGCAGUUUGAUCAGGAUUGAUAUGGUGCUACAUGGUAGAGAAUCCAGCAACUUGCCUUGUACAUUGUCGAGUCUGAGUAAUCCCGACUCACAGUCAUUUUCUUGUACGCACAGUUUAAAAAUGGCGGGCUUUGAGCCUAUUGCCUUUUGCAUCCCCAGUUUCGACGGCGUUAAAAGUUCGAAUAAAUGUUUAGACCGUCGUGAA